AUGAUUUUCGGCAAUAGCAAAAAUCAUCCACCAUUCUCUUCGGAAGUAGCAAUUUUUUCGAUAAACGGUGAGAUUAGAUUUUCAAAUUUCACGGAAACAUUAUACAGGAAAUGCUAUGGAGGUUCAUUUUUUGAGCUUUGUUCGAUUAGGGCCAAGCCGUUUCGUGCCGUGUUGGUAUGAUAACUCUAAUAUUCUCACUGCAGAUGUUUACCCCAUUCGAGAGUGAGUUUAAAAAAAAAACUUUUUUAAUUGGCUUUUUUUCAGGUCUUUUCAGUCCAUCAGUCAGCUUUCCAUUUGUGCAGCCGAUCCCUCUGCGAACGUGAUUAUCCGGCCUUUCCUUAGGUUUGUCCUCUGUGUCCAUUUUCUUCAUUGAAACUUCAGGUUGCUUAACAAAUAUGAAUAUGCCAGAAAUGUGAUUAUUUCAAAUCGGGUUUCUCCACGCUUCCGAAGAAUCGUUCAACUGUCCGAACAAGCCAAAACAGAAGAAAAGGUAGCUCUAAAACUGUUCAAGCUUCUCAAGCAAAGCCAGAAUGGUAUGUAAUGGCAGCAGAAAGGCAGCAAAAUGAGUCCCUUUAUUAAACCUCCGAUUUUUUCUGGAUUUUAAAGGCUCGAGAAUUGAUAAGAAAAGAAAAAAAAAACAGCAAAAAUGGUGCGAAAAUGUUGUCUACUUUUCAAUUUAUUCAGACAUUGAACGAGAAAAUAAACGAAUUGAAAGCUAGUGCGGACAUUGAGACCGACAACAUAACCGCCUUGAAGAACAUAUUGGACAAGGACAGCGAAUGUUUCCGUUGUUAUUUGAACCACAUUUCCUUUGAUAAAAACGCAUCGAUGACAGGUUUUCUUCCUCUAUUUUUCUCACCGAUCAUAUUUUACAGAUUGUGACUGUGUUUGCCAUGAUGAAUCGCGGAAAUUAUUCAUCUACGUUGCACCAGAAACUAAAGAAAAAUGUUCUCUUUGCUUCAAAAUCAUCGACCACAAGAAGUACCUCGAAGAUCAACCUGGAACUUCACAAUCUGAGUAUGCAUGAGCAAAAAAGCAGAAGAAGAAUCCGACUUCAGAGGGACUUCAGUGGCUGAACAGGAAGAAAGUCUUGACGAUGUGCUGUCGGCUUUCGACAACCCGGACUAUCAAAUGAGCUUUGAUAGCCCAAUCUAUAAACUGAACAUCACGACAGAUCACAAGUUGGUCAACGUUUUCAGAGCCAUUUUCUGCAUUUUCAAUUUUCAGGUCACUGUAUGUCCACUUGAGAACGACGCCUGCAAAUGGAAGACAUCGAUUUAAGGUAGAAAAAAUUUUGAAAUAAAAAUACUUUAAUUCUAGGAGGAGUUCCGUGUCGUUGAUUUGGAAACAAUGACACUUCACCCUACAAGAGAUUUCGGACUCCGCGAAGAGAAUAUCAAAUCAAUCACUUCUAAUGAAAACCUUUGGUUGGUUUAUUAGUGUUAUUUUAUUAGUGAUCAUUGCCCUUAUUCGAAAAAUUCCGUGUUUUUUUGAGAUUUUUUUCGAAAAAAAGUUUUUUUCACAAAAAAAGACCUGAAGAAUUCUGAAAAAAACAAAAAAAUGCAUAUCUCUUCUUAGAUUUUUCAGUCUACAAAAAUCUAACAAUUUUCGGAAAUCUUGUGUAUCAUUUUUCACCCAAAAAUGUGUUUUCACAGUGCCACCGCCACGAACGAAAUCAAAUUUUGGUCCAAAAAGUACCCUACAAAGCAGUUGGCAAAACUGAAGGCUGAAGCGCUUUUCGGGAUGGAAAUCAAGGAUAUUUCUUUGCACCCGACUCUCAGCAAGAUGAUCGUUGUGACAGACAAAGGCGCUUGUAUUUUCCGUUCAUAA